UCACAUAAAUCUCCUGACUGUCGAACCUUUCGAGCAGCAGUCUGUCUCCUCACACUAAUAUCUCUCAAUCUAUCACAUCCUCUAAUAUCUCAACACCGACAAGAUGCCUUUCAAGGACGGUGACUCGAAGAAGGGUGCCAACCUCUUCAAGACCCGCUGCGCCCAGUGCCACACCGUCGAGGCUGGCGGCGGCAACAAGAUCGGACCUGCCCUGCACGGCCUGUUCGGUCGCCACACUGGUUCCGUUGAGGGCUACUCCUACACGGAUGCCAACAAGCAGAAGGGUAUUGAGUGGAAGGAGGAUACUCUGUUCGCCUACCUCGAGAACCCCAAGAAGUACAUUCCUGGCACCAAGAUGGCCUUCGGUGGCCUGAAGAAGGAGAAGGACAGGAACGACCUGAUCACCUACCUGCGGGAGUCCACGAAAUAAACAAACAUGCUUGGUCAACGGAGUUUGGAUGUAACGAUAUAACGGGACGCGAUUUACAUUACUACAUCACGUUAGACAGAGAGACGGAAAAGACGGACGGGGUGAUCAGUCAUCGCCUCUGUACUAUAGACAUAGAGCUGCUCUUUUCCUCCGGCGUGGCGUGUCUUGCGUCGUCUUUCUAGGAAACCACCAAAAUUUUUAUAAUGACUCUCCUCUUCGAUUUAUUACAAUCUUUCAACCACCCAAAAUUCCCU